CUCUGAGCCGCGAAUCGCUACUGCAGAAAAGAAAAACAAGCUGCGGGCGCCUGCACACACCGCGCACGGCACAAAUGUAAAAACAAAAAUGGGUGUUAUAUUCCUCGAGCAUAUCGGCGGCACCCGCCUCUUCUCCUGCGCGUCCUGCGAUACAAAUUUGACGAAUCGAGAUCAGUUGAUAAGUACGCGCUUCACCGGAGCAACGGGCCGCGCGUUUCUCUUCAACAAAGUCGUCAACCUCAAGUACAGUGAUGUACAAGAUAGAGUAAUGUUGACUGGUCGUCACAUGGUACGAGAUGUGAGUUGUAAAAAUUGUGAUGCCAAGCUAGGAUGGAUGUAUGAAUUUGCUACGGACAAGAAUCAACAGUACAAGGAAGGAAAAGUCAUUCUGGAGCGUGCACUAAUUACAGAGAGCGACGGGAUUGGCGAAAGCAUAUAAGUUUCGCAGCAUAACCUUUUAGCAUCUCGAUUCAAUUUACGUCGAUGUUGUAUUAUUACUGUAAUUAUUUUACAUUUCCUCAUGCACGAAGAACGUAUUUAGAUCUACAUUGUUUUUAAAUGUAUACACUUUGUGAACUCGACUUCAAUAUGUGACUGAUAUACGUACACUACUCACAAAGUAAAAUUUAUUUUCUAUAAAAUAUGGGGCAAUACGAGAAAACCUUUUUUGUACAUGUGAUCAACUUUUAGUUUAAGUUUAUUUUAAAUAUUUAACAUUGUCUUGUUUGUGCAAGAUACCUAUGCGUGAAUGGUCAGUGACAUUUACUACAAACCUUUGCACUUGCGUAACUACAAAAAUUACUCUGAAUUUAAUACUAAUGAUUUAUAAGAAAAAAUACAUGUUUGUAUAUUUAAACUCGAAAAAAACUACAAGAUCGGAUAAAUUAACGUUGUUUUAAAUUAAAAUUAUUAUUUAAAAACAAAA